AUGGCAGCUAAGUUCGUAGUUCUUGUCGCCCUCGUGGCCGUGGCCCACUGCUCAGUGGUGCCAGUAGUACAAGUAGACGCUGACUACAACAGUUUCGCGUACGACGUAGCCGACCCUAACACCGGUGACUACAAAAGCCAGGUCGAGUCAAGAGUCGGUGGCAAUGUUGUCGGAUCAGCAAUGGCAUCUAAGCUCGUAGUUCUUGUCGCUCUCGUAGCCGUGGCCCACUGCUCAGUGGUGCCAGUAGUACAAGUAGACGCUGACUCUUCCAGCUUCAGUUACGACGUAGCCGACCCCAACACCGGUGACUACAAAAGCCAGGUGGAGUCUCGAGUCGGUGGCAAUGUUGUCGGAUCAGUAAUGACAGUCAAGUUCGUAGUUCUUGCCGCUCUUGUGGCUGUGGCCCACAGCUCUGUGGUGCCAAUAGUGCGAGUAGACGCUGAUUCUUCCCACUUUAGUUACGAGGAUCCAGCUGUGCCAGUAGUAUCUGUAGUUCCCGUUGAACCUGAAAGUCCUGUAGGACCUGCAGUUACCUCUGAACCCAUAAGUUCUGUAGAACCUGCAAAUUCCGUAAAAUCCGCAAGUCCUGUAGGACCUGCAGUUACCGCUGAGCCCAUAAGUUCUGUAGAACCUGCAAAUUCCGUAAAAUCCGCAAGUCCUGUAAAACCUGUGGCAUCCGUUGCUCCUGUUAACUUUCGUUGUAUCUUCUGA